GCUACGAGAUCUUGCUGAAUUUAGUUGAACAAAAAUGGCGUCAGCGGCCGUCUGCUCCACUAAGCAGGAGGAGCUGAAGAAGCAGCAGGGUAGCGAGCUCAAGAUCGGAGAGGUCCACGACGUGCAGGAGCUGCAGAGGGCGUGCGUGGACAACGUGCCGGAGCGGUACGUCCGGGAGGGCGACGACCGGCCGGGCGGCGCCAACGUGUGCGAGCAAGCGCACAUCCCGGUGAUCGACCUUGGCGAGCUGCGGCGCGGCGGCGGGGACGAGCUUGGCAGGCUCAGGCUCGCCUGCGAGGACUGGGGCUUCUUCCAGGUGGUGAACCACGGCAUCGAGGGGACGCUGCUGGACGAGAUGGAGAAGGUGGCGAGGGAGUUCUUCGCGCUGCCGCUGGAGGAGAAGCAGAGGUACCCGAUGGCGCCGGGCGGCAUCCAGGGCUACGGCCACGCCUUCGUCUUCUCCGACGACCAGAAGCUCGACUGGUGCAACAUGCUCGCGCUCGGCGUGUCGCCGCCCUCCAUCCGCCAGCCCGCGCUCUGGCCGACGACGCCGGCCGCCUUCACCGACACGCUCGUGAGGUACUCCGCCAAGGUCAGGGAGCUCUGCGUCGUGCUCCUGGCGCACGUCGCCGAGACGCUCGGCAUGCCCUCCGGCACGUUCGAGGGCAUGUUCGGCGGCGAGGCGGCGGUCCAGGCCGUGCGGAUGAACUUCUACCCGCCGUGCCCACGGCCGGAGCUGGUGCUGGGGCUCAGCGCGCACUCCGACGGGAGCGCCGUAACCGUGCUCCAGCAGGACGCCGGCCGCGUCGGGCUGCAGGUGCGUAGGGGCGACGCGUGGGUGCCUGUCCACCCCGUCCCGCACGCGCUCGUCAUCAACCUCGGCGACUCGCUUGAGGUGCUCACCAACGGCAGGUACAAGAGCGUCGAGCACAGAGCGGUAACCAACGGCGAGCAGGACCGGCUGUCCGUCGUCACGUUCUACGCGCCGGCCUACGACGUCGAGAUGGGUCCGUUGCCGGAGCUCCUCGACGACGGGGAGCCAUGCCGGUAUCGGAGGUUCAAUCACGGCGAGUACAGCCGGCACUACGUCACCAGCAAGCUGGAGGGCAAGAAGACGCUGGAUUUCGCAAAGAUUAACUAACUAGACCGCCAGGAAAUAAUCCUAUAUGCUUAAUCUACUAAGUUGAUACUAUGUUUGCGUACAGGGAGCUAAGUAAUUAAGAUUCCUGAUGCGUCUGAUGCUCCUGAAUAUGCUUGGCAGAACUGUAUACCUAGUACAGGAAUGAGUAACAAAGCAACAAUUUGCUAGAAAAAAGUACGACUCCUUGUUUUUCCAAGGCGAAUUACUUUUGACAAAUGAUCCAUUG